AUGGAACAAAUGGCCCAUGUUCUGGACGGGCGAGGAGAGUCCGGCAUUGUCUAUCCUUUGCUUGGACGUCCACACGAUGCUCUCCUUCCUCAAAGUCCUGGUGACAAUUUUAAAGUCGCUUUUUGUACAUACUUGGGCGCUACGUUCGAUGCCUCUACAACCAAUUUGACAUACCAAAUCCCUGCCCCUCCGACCUCCAACAGCAGCAAGCCGCUCGAGGUCGUCCUCUCCUUUCUCUCGCCUAUCACCCCGACCUCGACGCUUCGUCAAUCUAUACCAGCAUCAUAUUUUACAGUCCACGUUUCUGGAGGCUUCGACGUGGAAAUAUACGUGGACCUCAACGGUCAAUGGGUCAGCGGUGAUAGAGGGAGUGAUGUAGAAUGGCAUUUUGAGCAGUCGCUGUUGCCGAAAGGCAGAGGACUGAAGACGUGGACAGUGAAACGACAGCGUGAGCUGUUGCUGUCCGAAAUCAGGGAUCGCGCCGAGUGGGGCACGCUUCACUUCAGCGCUCCCUUGGAUGUACAUCACGAAUGUGGUACUUCGGGCCUCCUUCGAAAUAAGUUCGCUGCGACAGGCGGGUUGCAAAACCACAUUGAUGACGACUUCCGAGGUAUUAUGGACGAUGAGCCCGUAUUUGCAUUCUCGAAGUCAUUCCAUCUCGGUGCCUCGAGUUCCUCGUCUACACCGAGGAGCGAUAGCAUCAUGUUCACCAUUGCCCAUAUUCAAGAGCCUGUUGUGCAAUUCGCGUCUGCAAGAGGAUUGACAUUCAUGCGACCACUCUGGGCUUCGUGGUUCAGCUCAGCCACGAAACUCUUGGACUUCCAUUAUUACGACUUUCACAACGCUGCAAGGCUUGCGGGCAAUUAUUCUACUCAACUAGCACACGAUGCGUAUGAAUCUGGUUCUGACCAGUAUGUGGAUAUUGCAGCUCUCACAGCACGACAAGUCAUAGGUGCCACAAGCUUUUCCGGAACACCGGACGAACCUAUCCUUUGGAUGAAGGAGAUCUCGUCGAAUGGCAAUUUCCAGACCAUUGACGUGAUCUUCCCGGCCUUCCCCUUCUUCCUUUACACAAAUCCGCGCUGGCUCGCAUAUCUUCUCGCCCCUAUUCUUGAACAUACAUUGAGUGGUCAAUAUCCAAACAAAUACGCUCUUCACGAUUUGGGUGCUCAUUUCCCUAAUGCGACUGGCCAUCCUGAUGGUCGCGAUGAGUACAUGCCCGUUGAGGAAUGUGGAAAUAUCCUUAUCAUGGGGCUUGCGAUUGUCAACAGCUUGAUUUACGAUACUGAACCUGCGGCUGGCUCCAUGUGGUCGGCUUUGGGCAGCAAUGAAUUUGAUGAUGAUCCCGACACUAGUGCAUUCUCUCUCAACAACCUAGGCGAAAGAGAGGGCAUUGAUGGCCUAGAUGAUUCCUGGGGUGGCUCGACCAAAGGCCUGAAGCAGGCUCAGAAGUGGCUCAAGAAAUCUUACCCUCUCUGGAAGCAGUGGACUGGGUACCUUGUCGAGUUCUCGCUCGAGCCAGAACACCAACUCUCCACAGACGACUUCGCCGGACCCCUUCAGCUCCAGACUAAUCUUGCGCUCAAGGGCAUCAUCGGUAUCAAAGCAAUGAGUGGGCUAGCUGCGGCAUUGGACAUUCAAGCCGACUUGAAACACUUCAAGAACAUAUCCGAAACCUACGUCUCCAAAUGGGUCGACUUCGGCCUCUCACGCGACAAAUCGCACGCCAAGCUCUCUUACGACUGGUACGGCAGCUGGACAACUCUCUACAACCUCUACGCCGACACCCUCCUCUGCUUCCACCUAGAAAACACGCCCCUCUUUCCCUCCUCCCACCCACUCUCCCUCACUCCCAGCUCACCCGGAGACCAAAAACCCAUCACCCCCUCCCCUCCCUCCCCACACAAACCCUCCGCCCCCCUCCCGGGCUUCGUCCCCCACUACAUCUACACACUCCAAAGUGACUGGUACCACGCCGUGUUGCAGACCUACGGCCUCCCCCUCGACAGCCGCCACCUAUACACAAAGUCCGACUGGGAAUUCUUCGCCGCGGCCGUGACCUCCAAAUCCACACGUACGGAAAUAUUGACGGCGACGGCGAAGUGGCUGAAUGAGACGACCACGGAUCGCCCUAUGACGGAUCUGUUUGAUACAGAGGGCACAGGCGGGUUUCUUGGAGCGACAUUUAUGGCGAGACCGGUUGUGGGGGGCCAUUUUGCUUUUUUGACGCUCGGACGGGCUUGUGAGGGACGGGCGGUUGAGGGGUUGGGAUUUUUGGAACAGGAGCGUGUGGUUGUUGCGGGCGCUCAGGGUGAGGGUGAGAGGAAGGGGUCCAUGGGUGGGGUGGAGGAGGUGAUACAAGAGCUAUGA